AUGUCCUCAACAUCUUUAACUUAUAUCCUUUCGAAUAUUCAACUACAAUUAGAACGUUACGUUUACUCAUUAUGGAUUAUUUUGGGUGUGCCCGGAUGCAUUCUCGAUAUUAUGAUAUUCAGUCGUCAACGAUUACGUAAGAUUUCAUGUUGUAACUAUUUUCUUGCAGCAUCUAUCAAUAAUCUGGUCACUUUAUUCGUCGGUGUGCUACCGGUGAUGUAUAGCAUAGAUCAUCCUGAUCUUCUGACUACUUCACUUUGGUUCUGUAAAAUCCGCGGCUAUCUAUUCCAAAUCUGCUUAAUGUUAUCUCGAUGGUUCGUGGCAUUUGCUUGUAUCGAUCGGUAUGCACUAAAGUUCGACCAAUUCUGGACAAUCAUUUGCAGCCAUCGAAUGAUCUUCUAUGAAAUCAAAGGAAACAUAUGUGGAAUUAUCACAAACACCGGAGCAGCACUUUAUCAUAGUCUCUAUGUAUUGAUGGGUGGUGGAGUUCUUCCAGCGGCUACCAUGAUUACGUGUGCGUUGCUUAUUCGGCGUAAUCUUCGUUUUAAACGGCAACGUAGACAAAACGACACAGUCGCUGAUACAGAACAUCAACGACAACAAAGUUCUCUCGAUCAACAGGUUUUGAAGUUGUUAUUUAUUCAAAGUUUUUUCUACAUUUUACUGACGACACCACAGUUGAUCAAUUUAAUCUAUAGCACAAUAUCGAGUACAAUUCCAAAUCGAACAACAGAUCGUUUAGCCAUUGACAAAAUAAUCGCAUUUUUGGCUGAAUUGAUGCUUUACGUAUUUCCCGUAGCAUCAUUCUAUUUGUACACAUUGACAGCCCGCGCGUUUCAACAGGAAUUAGUUAAGAUUUUUCGUUUGAUUUUCAAUCGUCUGACCGGUCGUAGGCCAAUACAAGUUAGAUCGCUGGAUCAUACUAUUAGUACCCAUAAUCGCCAAGAGCCAACAAUGCAUUUAUCACCCGUUCGAAAUCUCACAGAAAAUCAACAUCAAUGA